CAGAGCUCCUGAAAGGGAGACAAGCAAGAUGGGAAAAAUAGCAGAAAAAAAGGCUUUUUUUUAAAUAACAUGCCACCAGAACUUCUGCAUGGUAACAAAGAUCAUCUAAAGCAGCUGAGCAUUUGCAAAAGAAGACUUCGCCAGCACAUAUAUACUUAAUCCAUAAAUCAAGUUCAACGAUGCAUUAGAGGAAGCUGGACUGGCUGUACAGAGGUUUCACACUGAAGGAUGAAUAGUGAAGAAGAGUUUUAUGAUGCCGUUACGGGCUUUGAUUCUGACAACUCCUCAGGAGACUUCUCGGAAGCAAAUCAUAAAGUUGGAGAGAUGCUUGAUCUAGAUCCGCACCAAAGCAAUAGGACUGGAAAGCAUAACGGAGAGACAGAGAUUCAGGAAAAUGGAAUUAAGAGACACAGGACAUCAUUACCUGCCCCCAUGUUUUCUAGAAGUGAUUUUAGUGUAUGGAGCAUAUUAAAAAAAUGCAUUGGACUGGAGCUGUCUAAGAUUACGAUGCCUAUUGUCUUCAACGAGCCACUGAGUUUCCUUCAGCGGAUAACAGAAUAUAUGGAACAUAUAUACCUCAUUAAUAAGGCUUGUAGUCAUGCAGACCCUCUGGAAAGAAUGCAGGCCGUAGCUGCUUUUGCAGUUUCUGCUGUAGCUUCUCAGUGGGAGAGAACUGGCAAACCAUUUAACCCGCUGUUAGGAGAAACCUAUGAAUUAACCAGGGAGGAUUUAGGAUUCAGGUUUAUAUCUGAGCAAGUCAGCCACCACCCACCUAUUAGUGCAUUUUAUUCUGAAGGCCUCAAUAAAGACUUUAUUUUUCACGGAUCAAUCUAUCCCAAACUAAAAUUCUGGGGGAAGAGUAUAGAAGCAGAGCCUCGGGGAACAAUUACUCUGGAGCUUCUGAAACAUAACGAAGCUUACACAUGGACAAAUCCAACCUGUUGUGUACAUAAUGUAAUUAUUGGUAAACUGUGGUUAGAACAGUAUGGAACGGUAGAAAUUGUAAAUCACAGUACUGAAGAUAAAUGUGUCCUCAAUUUUAAACCCUGUGGAUUGUUUGGGAAAGAGCUUCACAGAGUAGAGGGUUACAUUCAGGACAAAAACAGAAAGAAGCUGUGUGUGAUCUAUGGGAAGUGGACAGAAUGCUUAUGGUGCACUGAUCCCACCACGUACGAGACUUACAAAAAGAAUGAAAAGAGAGGUGGUGAGCAGAAGAAGUUGAAGCCGAGUGAAGAUGUUAUUAAAUCCGAAAAUGAUGAGGCUGAUGAUAUGCCAGAGGUUCAAGACACAGUGCAGUUCAUACCAGGCAGUAAAUUGCUUUGGAGAAUAAAUUGUAGGCCACCGAACUCAUCACAGAUGUACAAUUUCACCAGCUUUGCUGUGAGUCUCAACGAGCUAGAAAAGGGCAUGGAAGCAAUAUUAGCUCCCACUGACUGUCGGCUACGUCCAGAUAUCAGAAAUAUGGAAAACGGAAACAUGGAUGUGGCUAGCAAGGAAAAAGAGAGACUAGAAGAGAAGCAAAGAGCUGCUCGCAAGGAGCGUGCAAAAGAUGAAGUGGAGUGGCACACACGGUGGUUUCAUCAAGGCACUAACCCCUACACUGGGACCUCAGAUUGGCUGUACUCAGGUGGCUAUUUUGAUAGAAACUUCUCAGACUGUCCAGACAUAUACUGAAACUCCAGAGCCAAUCGCUCAUCUCAUCUGGACAUCCCGUUACUAGAUUUCAUUCCAAGCCAGUUGCUCUGGUUUUGUUGAUAGCAAAAACCAGCUUUUCUAGGUAAAUUUUAACAAAAAUUCUAUCGGUCAACAAUCAAAGAGUUAAUUAUCACUAAUGUUGGAUUGCCAAAUAUUUAAAUGCUGUUGCAUUCUUUCCAUAAAGCUGCACCUGAAAUCAUCGUGUUCUCACUAAUUUUCAAAGGGACCUGUAGUUGUUCAUUUUUUUCCCUAGUUUCUUUGUCAGGAAGAUACGCUGUAUCUGGUAGAGCACAUAACAUCCUUGAAAACUACGUAACUUAAAUAAAAUAGAGGUAAUAUCCUUGUUACUUAGUACAAUAGUGAAGAAUCUGAAGUUUCUGGAACUCGGAGGAGGGAUGGAAAGCUAACAUGGUACCAACAGGAUCAAAUCUAGUACGGUCGAUACUCCCCGUGACGAGAUGCACGUGAACUUCCGUACGGUAUGUAGCACUACGUGGGGACUGGAGGUCCUGGCCCCUCUCUCAAUACGGUUCAGUAAUUCAGAGACUUGGGGGAACAAAAGAAACCCCAACCUGAGCUUCUCAAACUGUAGUUGUCUGUUACAGAGUCUUCACAACUUUUUUGGACACUGUGAGCAUUAAACUGUGUACCUGUGAUAAAAUGACAUAAAGCAUACGUUAGGAGAAGGGAAGGGUACCUUAAAACAGUGCUUUUCCUGGAGUCAAACGCUGUUCUUGCAAUAGGAGAAGCUUCGGAAGCAACUGUAGGAAUGUAGAGGUGGUUACAAUGUAAAAUAUAUUGCUUGCUACCACUUGGAGGCUUAAAUCUUCUGCACUACCUAUGGCAGCUUUGGCACUCUGUAUGCUUCUAGACGAAACUUUUAUUUGGAAGCACUUUGGUAUGUAUAUCCACACAGGCUCAUAUUUUGGGGAAGUUUCGGUUUGCAUGUUUUUCAUUCUGAGGUCAUGUCUGUUUUGUAUGUUGUGAAAAAGCAGAAUCAAUUCAAAGCUUUGGCAGACUUAUACCUGUUACAAGUUUUCUGUGAGCAUGUGCUGUCAAAAAGUGGGAAUUUUUUGUUCCAUAUCGAACCAUCGAAGCCAUAUAAUACUGGAAAUAAUCAAUUACCAGUGAUGCAUUAAUUUCCUGUAAGUGGUACGCUUCGGUGGGUAGGAGGGAGAGAGGCUUGAAAAAUUAGGUCCAGCAAUUAAAUCUAACUCUCAUGUUUUAUGAAAGUUUUUAAUUGAGUAACCAGGCAAAAACGGAAAGCAACUAAGUUUGCAGUAAUUCAGAAAUUGCUGGUUUUAAGCACCAGCAACUUGAGGCAGUCUUGGGAGGACCUGGUCUGAUUGAUGUCAAAACACACCGGUGGUUUUGCCCGGAAGAGCAGAUUUUUUCAAGUGCUUCUCUCCCAGCUACAGGAUUAAAAAUAAAAGAAAAUUAACAUACUCACAGAGAAACAUUUUUGUAUCAAAUCAUGCAUCUAACGAUUGGAUUAACUUGACAUUUUUUUGAGGUUUAGUUGUUGUCUUCAUUUGGAAAAAAGAAGAGAAGCUGUAAAACUUCAAGGCAAUAAAUAAGGGCCUA